AUGAUUGUUGUCCUUUUGGCUUCUCGUGUGGAGGGUCAUCUGGAGGCAUUGGAGGAGCGAGUACGAUCUCAGUAUGCUGAAAAUGAACGUUUAUUGGCAGACUUGAAAUCACUUUUUUAUAGACAACGUGUUGUUCAACCUCCAGUUGCAGGUAAGGCAGGUGCCAAGGUGUCCCACCCAGAAAUAGAGUCAGUUGGACAGGCACCUGCCCCUGCACCCGCACAUUUGGAGGAACUUAAAGUGUCUGCAGCUGAUGAUGACAGCGAUGUGCCAGUGGAUCAAGAGGGCCACCGUCCUCCAGGUCCCGCUCAUGUCCAUGGAGCAGCUCCAGCUCAAGCAGUUCCUUCAGCUCCUGCUGCACCUCCAGUUCCGGCAGCUCCUGAACCCAAAGCAAUGGUCCCAGUUGAGGAAAAGAGUCAACUUGAGAAGCAACAAGCUGAUCAGCAGCCUCCUGCACCGCCGCCUCCACCACCACCACCUUCUCCACCACAAAAGUCUCCACAGGAAUUACAGGCAGAGCGAUUACGAACCUUGGCAGCUGGUGUGGGUGGUGUGCCUGCUGUUGCAGUAUUGGUGUUAGCAUGCAACAGAGUGACUGUGCGGAAGUGUCUAGAUCAACUCCUGACUUACAGACCUUCUCCUGAGCAUUUCCCCAUAAUUGUUUCACAAGAUUGUAAACAUACUCCCACAGCCGAUGCACUCACAGCUUAUGGUUCCCGCAUUUCGCUCAUCCAGCAACCUGACCAAAGUGAGAUAGAUGUGCCACCCAGAGAAAAGAAAUUCCGUGGCUAUUUCAAUAUAGCUCGUCAUUAUGGCUGGGCCCUCAACCAAACAUUUUUUCAUUUUAAUUUUCAAACCGUUAUUAUUGUGGAAGAUGACCUGGAUGUUGCACCUGAUUUUUUUGAAUACUUCAGUGCAACAUUACCUCUUCUUCGUCGUGAUCCCACACUUUGGUGUGUGUCAGCAUGGAAUGACAAUGGGAAGGCUGCAUUAGUAGACGAGAAUGCUGCAGACCUGUUAUAUCGUACAGACUUCUUCCCAGGAUUAGGAUGGAUGCUUACUCGAGAAACUUGGGCCGAACUAGCCCCAAAGUGGCCUGCAUCAAUUUCUCAAACUGAUGCACCUGCCCCUUGGGGUGCAUGUGGACAUUUUUAUGACAAGCAUCUCAAAUACAUCAAAUUAAGUGACAAAUUUGUGCCUUUUACUCAGCAAGACCUGAGCUAUUUACUCAAGGACAAUUAUGAUGUGGAAUUUGUACGGCGUGUGUAUGAUAGUCCAGUCGUAACGUAUCAGGAACUCCGCUCUGGUAGCAUCGUGGCUCCUGGACCAGUGCGCAUUCCCUAUUACACAAAGGAUGCAUUUAAGCAUACUGCUAAAAUGCUGGGGCUUAUGGAUGACUUCAGAAGCGGUGUUCCUCGAACUGGCUAUCGUGGAGUUGUAAGCUUCAUGUACAAAGGACGUCGAGUAUACUUGGCUCCAAAUGCUAACUGGAAAGCUUAUGAUCCAUCCUGGAGCUAGCGACGUCAGCAUCAUUGCUCUUGCAGCAUCCAAUCAUCAUGUGUUUGCCACAUUGAAAGGGAUACAAAUGUUCAAUCGCACUGCAUGAAUGUGUGUUCUACUCUGGAUUUGCAGUGUGCUAAGGUACAUGUAUCAGUACAGGGAGUUCUUGACAGCCAUGAAAAUUCUUUGUACAAACUCUUACAACAAUGUGACUUUAUUGGUCACUUGUUGCUGUCCAUGUAGAUAGGAUGUGUGUAUACUACUCUAUGGUGCUUACAUGAUUGUACAUCGUACUGUGGCAAUAAUCCCUGAGGUUUCUCAGGUAUGUGAUAGCUUGGUGACGAAUUGAUAGGGCUUUAGCAAGUUUUAAGAAAAGUUUGUUUUUUCUCAUUUCAGUGGGUAAUUCUGUCUGACAAAUAAAGAUAGGCAUUGACUAUUGCCCUCCGAUUAUAGUAAUUUAUUCAUUAAGAGCACCUAAUACAUUAUUCUUGGUGAUAUUUAAUGUUCCUAUCAUUAUUUUAAGUGUAUUACCUUUUCUAUUACACAUAUAGUAAAUUGAUGGUUGUUACAAAAAUUUAUCAUGUUCAUUGUAAAGUGUGAAUACACUUUCAGUACGUAUUAUCUUCUUUUUUUGUUUGUUUAUUCCAUAUUGGUUCAUUACCAAUUGUCAAUAUUGCUAUUGAUUCUUACUUGGUCUUGGAUGUUAAUGUUACUGUUAUAAAGUGAACAAACUUGUAAUAUUGAAAAGCAAGAAUUCAGAGUAGAAUAAUUAUUGGUGGAAGAAUUAUUUUAUUGACUCAUCAUAUUAAAAUGUACCUUGUUUGCUCAUUUUAAUAAUUUUUUUAAUACCUCACAUUAUUUCUCUUGUAAUCAACUACCCUUUUAUUUAAUGAGAAAGUAGUUUAAAACCCUCUUUUAAACCUGGGCAUGAAGUUGCAUGAAAUCAUUGUCAACAAUAUCCAAAAAUAUAGCUGUAAAUGUCCUUGGCAGUAAUUCUCAAUAAUGUGUUGCAUUUCCUUUUCUCCAUACCCAGGGACUUGGAGAAGAGUUUUUACUCUUAAUUUUAUUUUUGCUGAUUCUAACAAUUAGUAGAGAAUGUAAUUUUAUUUCAAAUUCCGAAGAAGUUGUGUGUGCUACAUCUUUUUCUUUUUUAACAAGAAUGCUCUCUCUGUAUGAGAAAUUUUAAUAGCCUGUUAAAUGGCCUGUUAUUUUUUCAUUUGUUGUUGUAAAUUUGCUCUAGUCACUCAGGAGUUUAAAUGUAAUUUGUUCAACAAAAUGUCAUUUGUUUUGUGAUGUCAUCGACUUCUCUUUGCUUGUUAUCUGAUAGCUGUAGUUUUUGAAGUGUCAUUGUUUUAUAAGUUUUAAAAAAUGAAUGCACAAUAUUGUAUUAUAUUAUAGUAUUUUUAUCCCUUGUAUCAAAAUACGUACAUUUGUAGUGCUUUCACAAUGAAAACAAGUGUUAUGUUGUUUUUUUCACAUUAAACUGUACGAGUUUCCUUUUUAUAUAGAAUUAAUUAAUGUAAGUGAAACUCUUCCAUCUAUAAUUAAAUUCUUUCCAGCAUUUCUUAUUAAGAGCUUACAACUUUAUUACAUCUCUUACAGCAGUCAAAAUAAUUUUAACGUGCUGAAAUUUCCAAGCCUAAUUUACAACUUAUAAUUCUUGCUGGUUUUGUAAACACUACAUUCUUUAUGCUAUCUUAGUGUAGUUUUAAUUUUCUUACCCCCUUUUGAAUUGAAAUAAACAUUUUUAAUAACCUUACAAAUUUAACUAAGCAUUAUUAGAUCAAACUGCAUUUUUCUUCCCCCUUUCUUCUAGUUUUUCAUUUUUUUUAUAUCAUUACUAUAAUCUUCUUUGUCUAUUAAAACUAUCGAAGGAAAUAAUUUCUAUGGUGUAUAUUUUUUUAAUAAUAUUUUAUUUUUAAGAUUAAAAAAUUACUAUUUAGACUGCAUCAAAUGCAUUUGGAAGUUCAUGACAACAUUAUUUAUAUAUGAAUAUUAUAUUAAUUAUAUAUGAAGCAGCAAUAUAAGUUCUAUGGCCAUUUUAUAUGAUGAAUUUACACCUUUGCUACUAAAUUAUAAUGUAUUCAACUUUCUAAUAAACAAUAAUUUAAAAUAUCUGCAAUUUUGUGAUGGUAAGAAUUGAAUUUUUUAAUUUUAAGCAAUAUAUUUGAAUUGUAGUGAAUUGAAUUAUAUAGAACAGAGGAGUAUUAACAGUUUAGUUAAUUUGAAGUGUGUCUUUAUUUGUAACCAACAGUAUUCUACUCUAGUUGUAACUAAAUUUGUUACUAGAUACAACGAAGAUUAUUUUGUCCAUUGUAUUUGCUUUCAUAGAGAGAGUUUGCACGUGCUUAGUUCUACACUAGUCUUUUAUGUAUUGUAUCCACAACUCUUAUUUGAAAAAUGAGAUUUUGUGUUAUAUUAAUUAUUUUGGUUUUGUGAUACGACAAUUGGUAAUGGCAUAUAAUCCAAGGUAACAGAACAGAUCAUUCGAGAUUUUUAUUUAUCUGCCCCCCCCCCUUUUUUUUUUUUUGUCAGACCCUCUCUUUAUUAAUCAGACAGAGUUUGUUAAGAGAACAUAAAAAGAUCAAAUUGAGACUGAAUGUUUAUUGUCAAGGUAAAUUUUGCCCAUUUCUUGUUUGACAUAAAAAUGGAAGAAGUCUCAUUUGGAUGUUGUUUCAUGAAGGAAAUGAAUUAAUUAAUGAAAACUAUAGUGAAAAUAAAAACUAUAGUAUUCCAUUAAGCAAUAUUUUUUUGACAAGCAACACUUAUCAUCGACGUCAAGUAAUGAUUUCUUUAGGUAAUGUGUUUCUGUUGAACUUUCAUUACAUGUAUUGUACUUUGGCUCUUAAGUCUUGUUGUUCUUAUGAAUGAAAAUUAAAAUAUUAAUUUGAAUGUGUGUUGUGUUUAUCAGUCUUGUCAAAAUUCAGAGGAAUGGAUAUAUAUAGAAGGUUAUGUAAAUAAAAAAUUAAAUUGAAAGCUUGUUUCAUAAAUCUUAUUUUGAGAUUUGCACAAUUUUAAUGUCUUUUCUUUCCUUUUUUGUCUUGCUGUUAGCUUGGAAGAAAAGAUAAUCCUAAUUUGUGAGUACAAAUUCAUAAACUACAACUUUUUUUUUAUCACAGGCACAUGGGUUACUCAUAUCCCUCAAGUCUUGAGUUCCCACGUAUAACAUCACACAUUUCAAAUAUUUAAGAUUGUUGUUUAAUUUUUAUUCUGUGGUCAUAUAUUUUCACUGUCCAGAAGUUUGUAGAAAUAUGCUUCAACUCUUGCUCUAAGAAUUCUGAGGAAAGAGAGAACAAUAAUUUUGAAAGAGACAGUUAAAGAUAGCAUUUACUGUUUAUUUAUAUAAACUUUACAGGUACAAACAUUUUUUAACCCUAGCCGAUUCAAUAUUAGAUGUUUGGCAAUGAGAUGUGUGUAUGUUUCUCUACAUGUGUUCCAGUGUCAGAAGUACUCUGACUUCUACUUUCUUAGUUUGAACACAGAUAUUGGUUCUUUUGAAUUGUUUUGAGAAAAAAAUCGAUGACAGUUUCUGUAAUGUGUAUGAGUAGAGUCAAAGAAAUAUUAAAUUGUGUACAAUAUUAUUGAAGCCUGUUGGUUUUAAAAUAUUAAGAAGCAGGCAAGAUGACAAAACAAUUUAAGAGCUCCACUUUGGAAUGCUAAGAAACAAUAAAAUCACCAAAGGCAUUGAUUUUGAGGGUCAAAACGCAAAGGAUUUAACAUGAAACCAAUUGAAUAUCAAAAUGAACACACUCUCUCGUUAGAGAAUUUUAAUGAAGAAAUAACAUUAAAAACAAUAAAAGUUUCAGUUGUAUUGGCAUUUGUAUCAUAAAUCCUUUUCACUGUAUAUCUGUUUUAUUCUGAAGUUUAAAUGGAUGAAAACACAAGAAAAUAAUUUAUGCCAGUAACACGUGUGAUUAUCAUAUUUAAAAUAUUAAGGAGGAGUUAACAGCCUAGGAUCAACUAUUUGGAAUGAUGAAAAAAUAUCAUUGGUCAUAUGGUUGGGUUUGAACUAAAAAUAGAUUAAUUCAAAUUGCUUAUACAUAUAUUAAUGUUUAGAUAAAAAUGUUUGCAUUAUCGUACCAGUAACUUAAUCUAGAAAAUUUUCUGGUUUAGAUGAGAAAGGUAAAUUAAUAUCUUUUCUGAUGCACUUAUCAGAAUAUUUUCAUAAAAUGUUAAGUGUACUUCUCUAAAAGUUCUAGGUGAUUAUGAUAAAUAAAUUCUGCAGAACUUUGUUUUCGGCCCAGUAGCUGCAAGCUCUGAGGAUGAUCGCUUGGCGAUCGAAAUUAUCAUAAGUUGAAUUAAAAUAUUGAUAUCUGACAAUAUCUUUAUUUAUUUAUCAUAAUAAAAAGGUAUCUAAUUCACCAACAAUCCAAUUAAUUCUAGGUGAUUACCAGGAAAGUGAGCUAAUUAGUUUCUUUUGAAUUUUGGAACUCUUAAUUUACUUGCUGGUGAGUGCACACAUGCUCUAAUGUAAUAAUUGAAUUGAUUUUUGUUUAAAUAAAAAUUCAGUUUUAAUUAGUUUGUUUUUAAUAAGAUUAUUAUUAUUAUUAUCAUCAUCAUCAUCAUCAAACAAGCACAAUUUUUAGUUUGUGCUUGAAGCAAUUUUGACUAGAUGUUAAGGAUCAGUGAUAUUUUUUCAACAUUGUUUGAGUAGGAAACUGGCUUUUUUCUUUUUUGUAGUAGACAAUAUAUAUAUUGUGUCUCAUAUUGUAAAUUUAAUCUUGUGUUUGGAUAGUUGCAUUGAUGUUAUUAUUUGUUUCUUGAUGCUGUUGCUAGCAACAAGAGAAUUUCGUUUCUUAUAGUGGAUUUUGAGUAUAUUUUUUUCUUUCUUAUUUAUUCUGUUUGUCCACAUCUAUGAAUUAUUUAUAAAUAUUGUGUCAGAUAUUGAUGUAGUUUUGAAAACAUAGUGUCUAUGCAGAUCACUUUUAUUUAAAUUUAUUCUGAAGAACUUUUUUUUUUUUUUAAUAUACAAUAUUUUAAAAUGUCAGAGAAGUGGUUAUCAGGAAUUAUCACGUCAUUGACUGGACAUCCAGUCACAGAUUUUGAAUUGUCAGGUUAGUAGUGGUUCCUCCUCCUCCUCAUAUGCUGGUAGUAUGUUACAUAUUUUUCUUUCUUUUCUUCCCUUUUUUGCCUUCCUCUUCAUUAUAAUCUUGUUCUGUGAAUAAAUGUCCAAUCAUACAUGUGGGUUGAUGUUUGAAAUUGUUAUUAUCAAAUAUUGUUAUAUUUUUUCUUCUUCCCUUUCUUAAAAUAUUCUUGAUCAGUUUAAGCACUAUUUGUAAUUCACAAUUUCUGAUUAUUGAAUUCAUGCUGGUGAUAAUCCUGUUGUACAAGAGCAUAUCUGUGUUUCAUCACUGUGUUUCAUUCAUGAUUUUAUAUGCAUAUUUGUGUGUUUUACUCCUGAAACUAUUCUAGUUAUUUUUCUGAGUGUAGAAGCUGGAGUUUAUCAGUUUUAAAUGAUAGAAAUGAAACUGAAAAUCACAAUUACUAUUAUCACUUCCUGAAUUUAGUCCACCUUGCCUUGCUGUGGUAAAUAUCGUCCUGUCUAUUUUAAUCCACCUCUAGUGUCUUACUUUGUUUCCAUUAUCCUCCCCCAUCCUGUUCCAAUGUUCUGCCUUUUGCUGCAUCUUCUUGUCCUGUCAGAUUGGAUUACUUAUUUAUUGUUCAAGUAUUCUUGUUGUAAUGUGCUCAAACA